AUGGCCAGCUCUGCUGUUCAGCUCCUUGGUUUUAUAUUGAGCCUGCUUGGGUUUGUGGGAACUUUAGCUGCCACUCUACUCCCACACUGGCGAACAUCAGCCUAUGUUGGCUCAAACAUUAUCACAGCAACAGCCUAUAUGAAAGGUCUGUGGAUGGAGUGUGUGUGGCACAGCACAGGUAUUUAUCAGUGUGAGGUGUACAGAUCUUUACUGGCGCUGCCGCAGGAUAUGCAGGCCGCACGCGCACUUAUGGUGCUCUCCUGCGUCUCCUCCACCCUGGCAAUUGUGGCUUCUGUGAUCGGGAUGAAGUGCACCUACUUUGCUCAAGGCUCAUUAAUUAAGUCUCCACUCGUGAUGAGUGGAGGGAUAUGUUUUCUCUGUGCCGGAUUACUCUGCUUGACCACUGUGUCCUGGACCACCAAUGACGUGAUCAUAGAUUUCUAUGACCCCUUACUUCCAAGUGGCAUGAAAUACGAAAUUGGCCUGGCGGUGUAUCUCGGUUACGCGUCAGCCUGCCUCAGCCUGUGUGGGGGAGUGGUACUGAUCUGGAGCAGCAGCGGUGAACGGUCACCGAGGUUUCCCCAAAGGCAGAUGAGUCAGCCAACAUCCCCUCCUCCUUAUAACAACAAUUUCACUCCAGCACCCCCUUACAAUCCUGCAGAGGCACUAAAGGACAAUCGCGCACCGUCACUUUUCUCAGUCUCCAGCAGUGGUUACAGACUUAAUAAUUAUGUCUAA